UCAUUCCUUACUGGAGUUCCACAGAGCAGGAGAAAGACAAAAAAACGUUCCCCCCAAGGAUUUUAUAUUACAGUCUGUGCUCAGUUUCUGUUCUGUGCAGAUUUUCACAGUUUACAACACAAACUUUGGUUAUUGCCUCUUAGAAGUUUUCGGGGGUUUUUCCAGUUUUAAUCCGACUCUGCGGUUUCUGGACUUCAACCACGUUGAAAUGGAAUAUGAGGAGUUCCCUAGAGAGAGGCUAUCACGAUUUUGAGUUAUUACACGGGCAGCUGCUCCUCUGUUGAAUGAAGAUGGACCCCCCUGCCGUGUGCGUCCUCCACACUCUGCUGGUGCUGAUGAUCUUGCCCCCUGUUGCCUCGGCCCCCUGCCCCCGACCCUGCUCCUGCCCCCAGCCCACUGAGCUCCACUGCACCUUCCGCUCCCUCAUCACCAUCCCAGCUGCUGUAUCCAGAGACGUGGAACGCAUGAAUCUGGGGUUCAACAGUAUUAAUAAGAUUACAGACAAAUCGCUGGCUGGUCUGAGGAAGCUGGAGCUUCUGAUGGUCCACGGGAACGACAUCCACAGUCUACCCCACGGAGUGUUCAAGGAUCUUACUUCACUGCAGAUGUUGAAGAUGAGCUACAACAAGCUGAAGGAGAUCAACAGACACACCCUUCAGGGUCUCAGGGCCUUGGCCAGGUUACACCUGGACCACAACCGACUGGAGUUCAUCCACCCAGACACCUUCCAGGGCCUCACCUCCCUGCGGCUGCUACAGCUGGAAGGCAACCGGCUUCAGCAGCUGCACCCAGCCACCUUCACCACCUUCACCCUGAUGGGCCACUUCCACGUCUCCACUCUGAGGCACCUCUAUCUGUCAGACAACAUGCUGACAUCACUGCCCUCCAGGCUGGUGGCGACCAUGCCACAGCUGGAGAACCUGUACCUCCAUGGGAACUCGUGGAUAUGCGACUGCAACAUGAGGUGGCUCCAUGAAUGGGAUAAAACAUCUCCAGGUGUCUUGAAAUGUAAAAAGGACAGGGCCCUUCCCGGUGGCCAGCUGUGUCCCAUGUGCUCCUCUCCCAGGCACCUCCAGAGGAAAGAGCUUCAGGCUCUGGAGAACCUGGUGUGCAGCAGCCCCGUCAUCAGUUCUCCUCACAGGACUUCCCCACCUGUUGACGUCGAGAGUGAGGUCAUGACCAUAGAGGACUUCAGGGAAUCAUUUGGGAACAUUUCCCUGGGCCUGUCCGACGAACAUGGGAAUGAGGUGGAUCUGGAGUGUGGUAUUGGCGAACCAAGAGUGCUUACCAAGAUCAACUGGGAGCAGGUCAACCAGCUCCAGCUGGCCUCCAACAUCACUGUGUCUGUGGAUCUUGAAUGCCCUGUCGACAGAGAAAAGUAUGAGCAUCUGUGGAGGCUCAUCGCAUACUACAGUAAUGUGCCAGCCCACUUGCAAAGGGGGAUUAUGCUCAGAAGUCAGCCAAAUCCAAUCUAUGUGUACAGACAGGACUCUGAGAAGGAUGCCCAGUACUACACAGGUGUUAAAGUUAAUAUGAUGGCCCAGCCGGCAUGGCUGAUGCAGACUUCUGCAAACCUUCAGCUGAACAGACUUCAAUCAUCAGCCAAGAUGGUCAAAUUGAUCCUGAGCACGGACUUCUCGGAGACAGUUGAGACAGAGCUUGUGCGCAGAGAGAGGAGGACAUGGGUCAUGAUUGAAUCAAUAAACACGACCAGCACAGUGUUGGGUGUUAUCCUGGGAAAUCCGAGUCAAAUGUACUGCAACGUGCACAGUUCUGGCCAACCAGUCAUACACUGGAUCUUGCCAGACGGCUCUACGGUGGAGGCACCAUACAACAGUCCAGACAACAGGGUGUCUCUGUCCAGCAAUGGACGGCUGGUCAUUAAAGCUGUCAGCCACGCUGACACUGGAAUUUACUACUGUAUUGCAAAGGUUGAUGGAGACCUUGCUGUCAUGCCAUUCCAUCUGACAGUGCAGGAAUCCUCUAGCCCUCCCCCAGGGGAGGACACCUCAAUUACACCUAUCGAGGGAUUUGCUGGCAACCCUAUUUCCCUGCCUUGCACAGCAUCUGGUUCUCCUGAUGCUGAAAUUAACUGGAUUCUACCGAACAGCAACAUAGUUAGUUUCCAAGCUAACUCCUCUAGAGCUUUGGUCUAUUCCAAUGGCACACUACAUAUCCCACAGACUCAGCUAUUGGACAGUGGCUAUUAUAAAUGCAUCGCCAUUAAUCCUCAUGGUGUGGAUACACUGGCUACAAAAAUCACUUUUGUCCGGCGCAAAGGGCUUAUAAGGCCUUUGAGGAAGUUGCCAACAAGACCUCAGUCAGUGUCAGGGGUGAACACUCAGAUUAAAGUCCCCAUAGAGGAUGCAGAGGAGGCAUCAGGGGACAUUGAGGUUACUCAGGUGGGGGCUCCAAUGAGCCGCUUGGAUCCUGUGAGGAAGAGAAUUCCAGGAAUUGUGGCCCCUGGCAGGAGGGGCGUCCAUCCAUCGAGGAAUAGGUGGCGGAGGCCGCUGGUGCUUCAAAAACCAACAGGAUCACAUGUUGAAGACAGGAAGAACACAGUUGACAGCAGGAGGAAGAUUAAUAUGUCAAAGAGUAAAAUAGACCCAGAGAAAUGGGCUGAUAUUUUGGCUAAGAUUAGGGAUCGAAAUGCUCACAAUACUGUGACACCACUCCCAGUUCAGCAUACAACAGAGAGGAAACAGACAGAGAAAGCAACACAGUCACAAGUUACUAUUGAGGGAUCUUCAGAUGGCAUGACUGUGCAGGGCCACGAUUACUUUACAACACCACUCACUCCAACACAAUAUAGACAAAUGAAAACGAAUGAACAUAAUACAGAAAGUCAAGGCACAGACUUGACAUCUAACAGCUACACCACACAUAAUGCACGCGAAAUGACAUCAAACAGUCAGCACACACAAAGCCUACAUGUUGCAGCAGAUCCACACACAACACAGACUCCAUACAAUGCACAGCACACAGUCCAAGAUACAAAUUUGGAUAUACACACAACUUCAAACAGUGUAUUUUUCCUCCCACAGCAGACCACAUCUGUUCCCCUACACAAUGUCACUUUCUGGCAGGCCAACACAAACACUGCAAGCAGCAGUACAUUUUCUCUAAAAGAAAGCCAAAGCACAAAUACAGAUGUUAAUGGAGUCAAAACAGCUGAUGCAUCCAAGGCCUCGGAGAGAGGAGAGAAUAUGGACAGACCGAAUGUUGGUGCCAACUCUAUUAAUGAAAGAGAACUGUCUUCAAGGGGAAGUCAAAUUAUCCCUUCGGUCGACCUCAAUGAAUCAAAAACAAGCCAAGAGGAAAAUGGAAAAUAUCUUAGUGUGACUGCCACAACAUCACAGUUGCGUACUCAUCCAAAGGAUACAACACUUGAUGAUUUGCAAUCUCAAGCAAUGCUCACACAAGUACCUCCAACAACUACACUAGUACCCACCACUACAAGAAGGAGGGGGUCUGAAGGACGAGUCCCCUCACGCAUUCGACAACCUAACUCCAGGAGAAGGAAUGGGGGUCGUCUGAGAAAUCCAAACAAAAGGAAACAAAAGCUGAUUAAACCCACCCAGUUUAUUGCCACCACGCCUGCAAAUGCUCCCUUAGCAACACUCAGGACCACUGCCUCCACACAGCUAAAAAUAGACCCAUUAGAAGUUAAAACAGCCAAUUUCAAUACCACUGUUCCAUUCAGCGGCAGCCAAGCAGCGUCAUCAGGCAUACUGAGUCAUGAAGAAAGCACAGUCUUAAGGCAUGACGAUGAGGCAGCCAGAAAACUCUCCUCACUUCCAGCUUCUCCCUCCGAAACAAACGACAGCCAUCAACCCACAGCCAAACCACUAUUGAAAACCACAUCACCAUCAUUUCCAACAGCCUCUCCAGAAGUAGGUCACGGAAAGACAAGUUCUCAAACAACCCUGAAAAUCUCAGAAAGUGCAUCUCCUCCUGAGCGCUUGGAUAAAAUCACAUUAAUCACUCAGCAGAGGUCUACGGGCAGCUCUCUUCCACCUGUUAAACCCUUAGAGGAGACACAACAGGUUAGCGCUACAGGAGACCUUGGACCUCUGCCACACUCUGGGGAUUUUCACACUCUAACGCAAUUGCUAACAGAUGUCGGGCAGAAUGAAUCAGACUAUCAAUACACACCCACGGAAAAAGGUGACAGAAUGCUUUUGAAAGAGACUGACAUUCAUUUUUCACUGCUGCCAUCCCCAUUUGCCUCAGCUGCUUCCUUGAUCGAGCAUGAAAUCAAGACAACCUCUGGUUACACUUCAAGUGGCUUGAUUACGACACUGAGCGUGCCUCUUGGGGGUGAUUUGGACACGGAAGAGGUUACCACAAAGAAACCUACACUACCUGAAAGACCUGUGAAUGCAGGAAAUAACUUUGAUGCUCCUUUGACAAGUAUCAUCAGAACAACAACUAUCUCUGCUUCUUCAUCAAGGCCUGAUGCUGUGACCCCAUCUAGAGCGGCGUCGCAUGUCACGUUACCCAAAACAUCUUCCACAGAAGCCAAAAUGGGCCUUUCAUUUAGGGCCAUCACUCAGGAGGCUCCCACGAUCAACAUAAUUCCAGACAACUACGGUCAAGACCAACGAACACAACCCAUCACAUCAGCGUCUAGGAGAACAUCAGACUUUCGUCCUGCAACCCAGUCAACUGACAACAAGCUGGCUCUAUUUAUUAGUACAAAUCCAACUUCCCCAGCCCUAAAAUUGACCAGCAGGCAGUCAAUCAAACCGACUGCCACCCCAGCCCCAACAAUUGCUGCAAUUCAAACCGAUCCAUUCAGAGAGGGACUUCCAACAAGCACUCAGGAUGUGUCCAAAAGGCACCAGCUCCCUGGAAAAGGAUCUAUUCCAAGAGGGAAGCCAAGAAUAACUAACAGCAAUUUCCAGACUUUCACUGUGGACGCUGAAACAGAUGCUCAGCUUCCCUGUGGGGCCGAGGGUGAGCCAAUGCCCUUCCUGUCAUGGACUAAAGUUGCUAGUGGGGCGAGUAUUGCUCAGAACACCAGGGUCCAGAGGUUUGAGGUCCAUCCAAAUGGUACAUUAAUCAUCAGGAACACACAUCCCUUGGACGAGGGCCAGUACCUUUGCACAGUCCAGAACCAGUACGGCACAGACAAGUUGGUGGUCGACCUUGUGGUCCUGUCUCAGCAUCCGCGGAUCCUCCAGCCUCGGCACAGAGACAUCCCUGUGCACCUCGGUGACAAAGUCAAGUUGGGGUGUAAAGUGGAGGGUCACCCUAUGCCUCGAGUCACAUGGGUGCUCCCUAACCAUGUCCACGUAGCUGCUUCCCCACUUGGUGUUGCCCCUCAGCAGCAUGUGGCCGUCUUUAGUAACGGAACACUCCAGAUAAGCCAGGCCACAUACACAGACAGGGGGAUUUAUAAGUGCAUUGGCAGCAGUGCAGCUGGGGCCGACUCAGUCUCAGUCCGCCUUUAUGUCUCCAUGUUGCCACCUGUGAUUCAGCAGGCACAACAUGAGAACAUCACCCUCCCAGAGGGCAGCCCCGCCUACAUCCACUGCACUGCAACAGGGGCCCCUCAGUCAGUCAUCACUUGGAUCACACCUGAUGGAGUGCAGCUCACUGCUUCCCAGUUUGUUACUGGACGCAACCUCAUUGUCUUUCCCAAUGGGACCCUGUACAUAUGGGGAUUGGGCCAGGGAAAUGCUGGGAGAUAUGAGUGUUCAGCCAGUAACAUGGUGGCAUCCAGCAAGAGAUCAGUGAUCUUGAACACAAGGAGGAAUCCGAACUCUGCCAAGGCCAGUAUCACCUUGUCGUCCCCCCAGAGAACAGAUGUGAUCUAUGGGGGGAGGCUGAUGCUCAACUGUGUGGCAACAGGAGGGCCGGAGCCCCGGAUCAUCUGGAGGACACCCUCUAAGAAGCUGGUGGAUGCUCAGUACAGUUUUGACCCCAGGAUAAAGGUGUUCCCCAAUGGCACUAUCACCAUUCAUUCUGUGACCGACAAGGACAGUGGUGACUACCUGUGUGUGGCACGUAACAAGAUGGGUGAUGACUACGUUCUGCUGCGGGUCGACAUGUUGACCAGACCGGCCAAGAUCGAGCAGAAGCAGCAGAGAUCCAAUCAGGAGGUGGUGUACGGCGGGGACCUGAAGGUGGACUGUGUGGCAUCUGGUGUCCCCAACCCAGAGAUCAGCUGGGCACUGCCGGACGGCAGCAUGGUCAACCCGGUCAAACAAAGAGAUGGUGUCAGCGGGGGACGCAGUCGCAGGUAUGUGGUGUUUGACAAUGGAACGCUGUACUUCAACCAUGUCGGCAUGCCAGAGGAAGGUGAUUACACCUGCUACGCUGAGAACCAACUUGGCAAGGAUGAGAUGAAGGUUAGAGUCAAAGUCAAGGCUGCAACUUCCCCGCCACAAAUCCAGGAUAAAGACCAAAAGUUCGUCAGGGUUUUCUACGGUGAGACAGUCACACUGAGAUGCAAUGCCAAAGGGGAACCAAUGCCAACCAUCACAUGGAUAUCCCCUACAAAUAGAGUGAUCUCCCCUGCAUUAGACAAAUACCAGGUCCUGGAUGAUGGAACAUUGGUGGUUCAAAAGGUCCAGCGUUUUGAUGGAGGUAACUACACCUGCAUGUCCAGGAACAAUGCAGGACAAGACCAUAAAGUCAUUAGGCUGGAGGUCCAAGUAACAUCUCCAAUGAUCAACGGCAUAAGAGGAACUGCCAACGCCAUCAAGGUGGCCGCAGUCCAGGAUCAGCGGAAGCUGGUGGACUGUGUGGCAAAGGGAACUCCCACCCCUCGCAUCAUGUGGGUACUACCAGGAAAUGUGAUCCUACCUGCACCAUACCACAGCAACAGAAUGACAGUUCACCAAAAUGGUACCUUGGAAAUCCGGUCAGCCAAGAGGACAGACUCGGGGCAACUGGCUUGUAUCGCUCGUAAUGAAGGAGGAGAGGUCAAGCUUGUGGUCAACUUGGAUGUGAAAGAGGUUGUUGAGAGUCCACAAAUUAGAGGUUCCAAAACAGAUAGCCUUUCACUGACUGUGGGGAAUACAAUGACUUUGAAUUGCUCUUUUCAGGGCUCAACACUUCCUCACCUUACUUGGAUCUUACCCAAUGGCACACCAUUGCAUAGCGGUGCUCGGUUUUCUAAGUUUUUCCACAAGCCCGACGGCUCUUUGAUCAUCAGCAACCCCUCUGUUGCUGAAACUGGUAUGUACCGCUGUCUGGGGCGUAAUUCUCGAGGGCUUGUGGAGCGUACGAUCACAUUGUCCCCGGGGAGAAAGCCUGAGAUCAACAACAGCUAUAACUCUCCUGUCAGUGUUGUGAAUGGGGAAAGAUUUUUGCUUCAUUGUCUAACCAGUGGCGAACCUCUCAGACUAACAUGGACGAUACCCAGUGGGGUGGUCCUCAACAGGCCACAGAGAGCUGGACGAUAUGCUGUUCUACCUAAUGGAACACUUGCCAUCCAACAAGUAUCAGUCUAUGAUCGGGGUUCCUACGUGUGCAGAGCGGCAAAUGAGUACGGCAGCGCUCAGCUUUCUGCAUCAGUAAUUGUGAUUGCAUACCCACCUCGCAUUACAAACGGCCCUCCCCCUGUGGUUUAUGCUAAACAUGGAGUUGCUGUUCAGUUAAACUGUGUAGCAACUGGGAUCCCAAGAGUGGAGGUAGCAUGGGAAACCCCUGAUAAAACCCGCUUGGCUGUCAGUGUGCAGCCACGCCUUUUUGGGAACAAGUACCUCCAUCCACAAGGUUCCCUCAUCAUCCAGAACCCGACACAAAGAGAUGCUGGCGUCUAUCGAUGCACAGCUAGGAAUGCCAUAGGCAUCGACUCUAAAGGUACCAUUCUCAAAGUGUUUUGAAGAAUUUCACUUCAUAAUGGUCCAUUGCCAUACUGUAUGCCCAAGCAACUGCCUAGAUAAACGUUUUUUAUGAUCGUAAUAUUGAGUUGAUUAAAACCUGUAGUUGUGUUUUUUAGAGGCAAAAUGUUGAUGGUAUUUUGCAGCACCACAGUUUACCUUUCACAUAAUUUUUUGUAUAAUCCCCAUCACUGGGAAUUAUCAAGGGCCUCCCAUUUUGAGCAAUGUUUGCUAAAGAAAUGUUAAUCAUGUGGGGAAGCAGACGACAAUAAUGCCAGUUUGGCUGUGUUUUUUGCAUUGCAUCAUUUUUACAGUUACUGCUCAUGGACAGUUGUUGUUCUCAUUUCUUUUGGAUACCAGUUGUUGUGCUUUGCAGUUUAGCUUCAGGCUAAUGACUUGUACAGUCCCUUUGUGCAGUCUAUUACCCUUUACUGAAUUAUUUACCUUUUAUGAGUAAUAACUAAUAUUCAUUCUCUAAGGGGAUGGCACAGACAAAUAGUUGUAGUUACCUGAUUGGUUCUACACAGGCCAAACACCAUAAUAAAACCAAAAUUAAUUAAAAUAUGUUGACACAUUCCUUAACUUCUGUAUAUUUCAAAUCACUCAGGGAAAUGGGACGAAGAGUAAAAAACAAGUGUCUCUAUAUUCCUACCAUACUAGAACAAAAAAUACCAACAAUCACGUUAAGACACAGUAGUCCUACGACUACUCUAUGAAAUAUACAUAGGUCACAUAGCUAACGCUUAUUUGUCUAACAGUUAUUAAAUGGGUAAACACUACAUAAUAUUGAACAAAUGAGUCAUUUUAGACUUACGGAACAAACUGCAUAAUGACAUCAGGAUCUGCCUCUAUAAGCUUCACUCUAAGUAUUUCACAUUAAAGCAAUUGAUCCAUUGAUCCUGUCUGACCAGUGAACAAAGACUCUCAGAAGCAUCCUCAGCUAUACCUUUGCUUUGAUGGCAUAGUACAGUUGCUUCUGAGAUUGACAGAAGAAUUGCAUAAUUUAUAUAACAAAUUUUCUAACCAAGAAAUAUUGUUUAACUUAAUUACAGAAUUGUAAGUUGCUAAUAAGAUUUCUUAAGGCAGAUGAUUUGUAUUUUUUACUCCAAAGACAUCAGUUGGUAUCCAAUGCUUUUCAUAAAUGUCUAUCUUAGUUUCUGUGUUGUCAUAACUGCACAUAUUGCAAUAACUGAUUGUUUCUGCUCUCAGCAGUGUGCACCAUCUUUGAAUCAGCUUCUGAAAAAUGCUGAUCAAGGUUAUAUGUCCUCAUUUGUAAAUUAUUCGUCUUUCACAGACUGUGGUGCAUAGUCAUUUUCCUUUCACCGUUGGGUUUUGCUGUGUGUGUGUGUGUGUGUGUGUGUGUUUGUCUCUCCUGAUCAUGCUCAUUCUCUCCACCUGUGCCAAAUCACCUGCACCUGGCUUUUCCCUCUGCAAACCCCACUCAUCACCUCUCACCUACUUAUACUCCCCUGCUUGCCCUGCUCCAGUUGCCAGAUUAUCAUUUGUCCUUUUCCCUGCCCGUGGACUCUUUGCUCUCCUGUCGUUAUAUUUCGUGUUGACCCUCUGCGGUCCACGGUUUGUGACUGUGCUUUUUGUGACUUUGCUUUUUAUUGCAGUUUUGUUUUCCCGCGCUCCCGGUUGGAGUUGUUUCUGUUUUGACUGCUAAAUGCCCAGUAAAGCCUUGUUU